CAGUGGCACGGAUCUCCCCAGGGUAUGUCAGGAUGUGCACCCCACUGCUGGUGACCCUGGUGACAGUGGUGUUGGUGCCAGCAGGGGUCUCUCCGUAUGGCUUCCGCAACUGCAUCCAGGCACCACGGGACCCUGGGCUGUUCCGCUGCAUCCGGCGCUUCCUGAGCAAUGUGGGGGCUGCAGUGGGUGACCUCCCCUCCACUGCCACAUCCCUCAACCUCUCUGUCAACACCUUGCGCCAGGUGCCCCCCCAUGCCUUUGCCCACCUGCCACGUCUCUACACCCUUGAUCUGAGCUGUAACCAGCUGGAACUGCUGGCUCCGAAGGCUUUCUGGGGACUGUCAGCACUAGCCCACCUAGACCUGGCCCACAACAACAUGUCAGUGCUGGCCGCAGGUGUGUUCACCCAGCUGGGCAACCUGAGCACACUGCGGCUGGACCACAAUCCACUACAGAAGGUGGACCCUGGGGCUUUCCAGACACUGGCAGCACUCAGCACGCUCCGGCUGCGGGGUGGCCGGCUCAGCGCGCUGGAGCCUGUGGCUGCGGCUGUGAAGAAUCUGACACACUUGGACCUUCUUGACCUGUGUGGCAACAUGCUGUCUACGCUCGGCCCAGGGCUGCCACCCACGCUGAGGGUCCUGCACCUCUGCAACAACUCCCUGGGAACUCUUUCAGGGGCCACCCCUGGGGUGAUUCCCCCAGGGCUGCGUGAGCUUGACCUGUCCUACAACAACAUCUCGGACCCUGAGCUGCUCGCUCGCCUGUGCCUGCACAACCUGACAUACCUGCACCUGGCUGGCAACCCGCUGAACGUGGUGCAGGUGCUGCGCACGGCUGGAGUCUCCCCACGCCAUGUGGAUGUGUCAGGGCUGCAGGUGGGCAUAGAGGACUUGAAAUACCUGUGCCAGCAGCUGACAGGGCCACUGCUGCAGAGGCUGCAGCUGCAGCGUUUGGAGCUCAAAGCAAUGCCCAACGGGUCUCUGGCCAGCUGUCCAGAGCUGGGUGCCCUGGACGUGUCUGGUAACCGGUUGCGGUACUUGGGCUGCAUAGGGCGGCUGCUGAACGAGGCACAGCGUGCAACACUGGGCGAGCUAGUGGCUGAGCACAACUUGCUGCAGCGGCUGCCAUCAUGCAAAGGGACCCCGGUUCUGCACCAGCUGCACAAUGUGUCCCUACGCUUCAACCGCAUCCUAGUAGCUGGUGCAGGUGCCUUUGACAACACACCAGCGCUGCGGCAGCUGCGGCUGGAUGUGAACGGGCUGGCACGGCUGCACCGUGCAGCACUGCGUGGACUCCGUGACCUGCGGCACCUGCGCCUCGACAACAACCUGCUCACUGACCUCCUGCCCGGCUCCUUUGCUGACCUGCAGCAGCUGGAAGACCUCAACCUGCGCAACAACCGUGUGGCCGUGCUCUUCCCUGGUGCCUUCAAGGGGCUUGACCACCUGAAGAUCCUUGACCUGGGUGGGAACAACCUGCGAUAUUUGGCACCCAAGGCAUUCCAGGGUCUCCUGCAGCUGAGCCGACUCUACCUGGAUCGCAACCGGCUGCUGGAGGUGAGAGCAGACACAUUCCAGCUGGUGCAGGGGACACUGGGUGUGCUGGACCUGAGUGCCAAUGAGCUGCACUACCCGAGCCGACACCUGCAGCAGCUGCCACCUUUUCGCUACCUGCACAACCUCUAUGACCUGAAGUUGCAGGCACAGCAGCCAUAUGGGAUGCAUGUGGUCCCACAGCAUUUCUUCCAGGGCCUCACUGCCUUGCGCUCACUCUACCUGUCACAGAACUCGCUCUCGGCUAUCCCCGCCGAUGCCUUUGAUGACCUGGCACAGCUGCAGUACUUGACGCUAGCUGACAGCAAUGGCGGGAUGGGCCACCUGCCUGCCGGCAUCUUCAAGAACCUGAGCAAACUGCGCAGCCUGAACCUGGAGAGUGCAGGACUGCGCAGCCUUGGCCCUGAGGUCUUCGGCAACCUGACGCAACUGAAGGAGCUGCGCCUGGCCAAGAAUGAGCUGCGUGCACUGGAUGUGACUCUAGCCACAAGCCUCCCUGCCCUGCGCUAUCUGGAUCUGCGCAAGUGCCCCCUGAGUUGCAGCUGUGCCAAUGCCUGGCUGCCUGGCUGGCUGGCACGUGGGCCUGUGCAGGUGGUCUACCUGUAUAACUACACUUGUGGUGAGAUGGGUGGGGCCUCUGUGUACCUGCACUGCUUUGACACACAUGUGUGCUACCUGGACAUGGGGCGGUACCUGUUUGCAGGGACGGCACCGGCUGUGCUGCUGCUGCUGGUGCUGCCCCUGCUGCACCACCGUGGGUACUGGCGGCUGCGCUACCAGCUGUUCCUGCUGCGUGCAUGGGCGCGUGGGCGCUGGCGGCGGGAGCAGCGGCGCUACACCUACGACACUUUCGUGUCCUACAACUCUGGGGAUGAGCGGUGGGUGCUGGAAGAGCUGGUGCCUGAGCUGGAGCGCGGAGCCCUGCGACUCUGCCUGCACCACCGUGACUUUUGCCCCGGCCGUGCCAUAGUGGACAACAUUGUGGACGCUGUGUACAACAGCCGGCACACAGUGUGUGUGGUGAGCCGUGGGUACCUGCGCAGCGAGUGGUGCUCACUGGAGAUCCAGAUGGCCAGCUAUCGCCUCUUUGAUGAGCUGCGUGAUGUCCUUGUCCUCAUCUUCCUUGAGGACAUUCCUGAGGCCGAGCUCUCAGCCUUCCACCGCAUGCGCCAUGUGCUGCUGCGGCGCACACACCUACGCUGGCCCCCUGAGCCCCCUGCGCGGCCCCUCUUCUGGGCAAAGCUCAGGUGUGCCCUGAGUGGGGGGGAGGAGGAGGACAGGGAGAGGGAGGGCAGGGAGGAAGGGUGCCCUGGCAUAUCUGGGAUCCCUGGGGAAGUUCUCCCUCAGGAAAGCCACCUUCUGCCCCAAAAUCACCAUUUUUUAUCUAGGGAAUGUGCCCUGUGGAGUGGGAAUGAUGGCAGCAAUGAGGAAGAGGAGAAGGAGGAGAGGAGGAUGGGGGGUAGGGAGGGAGGCUGCCCUGACAGGGCUGCCCUGUGAAAGUUUCCCCUCGGAAAAGCAGUUUUCUGCUCCAAAAUUAUCGGCUUUUCUCUUGGGAAUAUGCUCUGGACAGUGGAGGAGAAGGUGGGGGAGGAAGAUUGUGGGGAUAGAGAGCAGCUGCUCUAGAGUGACCUCACCCUGGUGUAAUGGGGAUUUCCGGGGACAUUCACAAUAAAAAAAAAAGUGGUUUUGUCCCAAAAUCCCUGGUUAUCCUCUGAGAAACAUGCAGUUGGGAUGAUGGUAAUGAGGAAAAGGGGAAGGAAAAGGAGGAAAAGAGGGGGGAAAGAUGGACCUCAGUGUUCAGAUGCAGCAAAUGCUUCAUCACUCAGUUCCUUUUCCUGGCAUGUGGGAACUGCAGCUCUUGCACAUCUGGCUCUUCCUGGGCACACGCUGCCUCACCUCAAUUGGCUGCUUCUGCCCAUAGUGGCCCCCCCAGGGCUAGGAAAUUCUGGUGACAUGUGGGAGGCUUCCACCAAUCCAUCCUGCCACAGCAGGCACCAUCCUGCCCCCCAGCUCAGCAGCUCCUGAGCCCUGGGCAGGUCCCUGCCUUGCUCCCUCCUGAUCCUUGCCAGCAGCAGGAUGUACCUGGCUUGGCUGGUGAACUGGGGUGUGCUGCAGGUGUCCGGGCUCAGGCCCGUGGUCACAGGUCUGUGGCAGGUACCGCCCAGGGAAGUCAUUCCUCAAGUGCAUCAGCUGUUGUCCUAGGGUGUCCUAGGAUGGGAUGUGCCUGCUCUGUCCCAAGACACUGAAGCACCACUCAGCUCUCGACCCUGAGGUGCUUGGGGAUAUCCCUCCGGGGCCCAUCCCUGCACAGCCAGAGC